CCAAUGGCGGUGCAGUUCAGAGUUCGGAGCGGAGCGGAGCGGAAGUUGUUGGCUGCCUCUGCCUGCCACCCCUGCAAGUGCGUGUAGCCUUUAGCAGGCUAGCACGCUUCUCAGCGCUUUUUGGCCUUUUGUCACUGGGGAGUGAAAACACGAAAAUGUUCAGAGUGUACAAAAGAUGAAGCCGGCGCGUCGAGAGGAAUGAUUUUCACCGGUGUCGCCUCUGAAACUGAGGAUAAGCGCACGUAAAGACACCCGGAAGUGUCGUUGAAGCUUCCAGCAGCCGCCGAUACAAUGAGUGCCAAAUAUGGCCUGGUGGGCUACAACAGUUCACGGAAGCACAUUUCAAUCUCCAUCCCCUCGUCUACAGAGGUGAUGUCACCUCAUAUAAAGUCUGUGGAGGAGCUGAGGGUUCUGGGGAUCAACCUGAGCAGCUUAAGUGCGCCCACACAGUUCUUUAUUUGUGUGGCUGGAGUCUUCCUCUUUUACCUCGUGUAUGGAUACUUGCAGGAGUUGAUAUUUUCUGUGGAAGGAUUCAAGCCUUUUGGCUGGUACCUCACUCUGGUUCAGUUUGGCUUCUACUCCAUGUUUGGAUUAGUAGAGCUUCAGCUCACACAGGACAAACGCAGAAGGAUACCAGGAAAGACCUAUAUGAUCAUAGCAUUUCUAACAGUGGGCACUAUGGGCCUGUCAAAUACCUCUUUGGGCUACUUGAACUACCCUACACAGGUCAUCUUCAAGUGCUGUAAACUCAUCCCAGUCAUGAUUGGAGGAGUGUUUAUACAAGGUAAACGCUAUAAUGUGGCUGACGUGUCUGCUGCUCUCUGCAUGAGUCUGGGACUCAUCUGGUUUACUCUAGCUGACAGCAAAGUGGCCCCCAACUUCAAUGUCACAGGUGUCCUCCUCAUCUCCCUGGCACUGUGUGCAGAUGCUGCCAUUGGAAACGUGCAAGAGAAAGCCAUGAAACUCCAUAAUGGCUCCAACUCUGAGAUGGUGCUGUAUUCGUACUCCAUCGGUUUUGUCUACAUCCUGACGGGCCUGCUGUGUGUUGGUGGGCUGGGACCAGCUGUAGCCUUCUGCUCAGAGCACCCUGUGAAGACAUAUGGUUAUGCAUUCUUCUUCUCUCUUACGGGUUAUUUUGGGAUCUCCUUUGUGCUGGCCUUAAUCAAGCUCUUUGGAGCUUUGGUUGCAGUAACAGUGACCACUGGGAGAAAGGCCAUGACUAUCGUGCUUUCCUUCAUGUUCUUCACAAAACCCUUCACUUUCCAGUACAUCUGGGGCGGCCUUCUGGUGCUCUUUGGAAUUUUUUUGAAUGUUUACAGUAAAAACAAAGACAAAAUGAAGCUUCCCUCCAUCAAGGACCUCAGGAGCCGGCUGCUGGCGGGAAAGAAAGUCCGAUUUCUUUCACAAAACGUGUAGGAGACACCCAAAGGUUCAGUGGAAGUCCUGUGCAGGCCGACUGCUUCUCUCUGCCACUUCUGGGGUCGCGUUGGCCCAGAACUCCCAGAGGAUAUGCUGAAGCGUGCGCCUGAGCCGCGGGUCUCAUCACCACUAAUGUCGAGCCAAAGAUGGGUAUACAGGGUUUGAGCUCCAGUCAGCCUUACAAACUGUGGGAGAGGGAGUCGCUGCGUUCCAUCUGUCUACCAGCACACCGCUGGUUAACUGAAGUAGCACUGUCUGCAGUACAAUGAAGGAACUGUGUUUUAAAAGGGGACCGAUGCCUAGUGGGGGUCUUGCGAAGCGAAGUUUCAAAGCCCCACAGAAACUUUUCCAACGUGUUGUACAACACUGCGGACAUACCGUACGAGACUUUCUAAAGGGAAGCCAGCUCGUUAGCUCACCAAAUUGCACCGUUUUGCACUGGAAUUGACAAACACUUAAAACCUUGAGUGGUUGGAGCAAAAAUGAAAUGUUUGAAAGAGAGAGUAUAGAGAUCCAUGGUAAUAUAUAUCAUGUCUGAAGUUAUUGUCACCCAUUCUAAAAGAGAAUCAUACAUAUUGAUUAAAAAACUGUAUAUUUGCAUGUGCCAGAAAGAUGGAGGGAAAUAUUGUUUUUCGGGACCAUUUGUCUUUUUAAAAGUGUCUUUCAUAGUUUUUUUGGUAAUUCAUUAUCUAUCUGAACCCUAAUUGAUGAAAAUGUGUGUAACGUGUGGUCACAUUUUGGGGAAUAGAGUCGGUAGCUACCGUACAUCAACAGUAUCCGCUGCCAUAAUUUGCUAACCAUAUGUUUGGGUGAAAGGGUAGAGCUCUUUUUACAAUAAAA